UUUUCCUAAAAAAUUUUCUGUGACCAAUCGGUUAAGUGCAUUAAUAUUUAUUAAAACACGAUUGGAUAUCAAAAUUUAAUGUAACAGAAAAUGUGUUGAAAUCUAAAGAAAAAGUGUGUUCUGCGGAGGAAAGGUUUGCGUCGUGUAGUUGGAAGUUAUACCACAUCGCGUUGAUUUUUAUUUCUUUGUGGGAGGAGCGCAAAUCCAGCGACAUCUCCAAAAAAGGCAAUUCAAUUAAAUCCCAUCUACAUAUAUACAUACCUAUUUCGUAAACAUCCACAUUGCCGGAAAACAAAUAGACGUCACCGUGGCUAAGGGAAAUCGAAAAUCGUACAGCUCCACCACCGCUGCCAUCACUAGUAAAGCCCGUAAAAUGGCAUCUACCGGCGAUAUUUGGUUACAAUGGUUCUCCUGCUGUUUCCAUCAACCACAGUCACCGACACGGCGACGUCAUCAACGCCUGCAUAUCGACCGUUCGAUGAUCGGCAAUCCAACGAAUUUUGUACACACUGGGCAUAUCGGUUCUGCCGAUGUAGAGCUCUCCACGAAUCAUUUGAAUGCAUUGCAAACACAAAUGCAGAGCAAAGGUGGCUACGAAAUGAACUCGAUACGAUUGCAGGCCUGCUGAUGUUAAUAAAUGCUGACGACGAAGCUCCUGAUACCACUAGCAGCACGGCACUUAUUGGUGGAUUUUCAAACAACAUUGACACGGGCGCUUCAUAUAUAAAUGUUAUGUACAUAUUUGCAUGCAUACAUACAAUAUUUGGCCCAAUCAGCGUAGUGCAAUCAACUGAAUCUCGCGUAUACAAGCAUACAUAUUUAAAAAGAGUUUAAAAUACGCACGCAACGAUUUAUGGUAUUCAAUUAUUAUAUAAUACAUUUUAUUUUUAAUAAUGUAUGUACUGUAAUAAGACUUUAAAUUUAAAAAGUGAAGAGUUGUAAUGAAUAUUUUAACAUACUAAUUUUAAAUUUUGAUAGCAUAACAUUUACUUUACUCGGAAAAAAUUAGUUAUUAAUUUUUAGCUCCUAGCGACAUUUUCCAAAUCUGUUGCACUCGGCCCCGACAAUAAAGGAAGCCUUCAUGAAAGGGUGGCAUUUCUUAGCUUAUUUGGGUAAAUAUUGUAUAUACAACUUUUAAUAUUUUUCGCUCCAAUAACUGUGUAAUCGAAUAUUUACAUAUAUAUUAUGACAUAAAUUUUGAUAUCGCAUAAAAGUUGUAGAUGGAUAGAUGUUGUAAUAAAAUUAUUUCAUAACGAAAAGGAGCUAAUUUAUAUUCGAGUAAAGUAAGUGUCAUUAAACUGUUAUUGGUGUUUGUAGGAAUUGCAAAAAGGUGAUUACUUUCGUUUGUUCUGUUUGCAAGUCCACAAGCGCCUUUCAAUUAAUUGACUACAGUGGAUGAGUAAUUUAUUUGAUUUUUACUUACUAUAUAUAAAGUGUAAGGUGUGUGAAAAUACAUUGGGUAAAAAUGCUUUUUGAAAGUAUAUACAUAGGUAACGUAUGUUAGCGAUUAUCUAUAUGAUAUGUGCCUUUCAUUUUUUAACGAGUUAAUUUCGUUUUUUGAGAACUGAUGCAACAUGCAACAUUAUUUCGUUUGAGUUUUUUUUUUUUAAUUCCUAAUAAUGACCAAAAUUAAGCUGAAAUAUAUACUUAAUAAUUUUUUUUAUUGAAAAUUUAAUGCGCACUAAUACGCAUGUACUUAAUAAUAAAAGCAUUUCAAAUCUUUUCACACUUCGAACUCCAUAACGAAAUGCGAACACAUUUAUUGCAAAUGUGGCAGCGAAUAACGAAUAAAGGGAUAACGGGUUUCGAAUUCGGAUUGUACAUUUUUACUAGAAUUUUGAAUAUUAACACAGCCAAACUUCAGCUGAAAUGAGCUGAAAGCAUUUCUUUACACAAACAAAUACAUACAUAGAUCGGACAAUGUUAAAACAUAUGAAAGCUUAUAUAUAUAAAUAGAAAAGAAAUUGCGAAAAUAGUGUUAACAGAUGAAUUGUUGAAUUUCCUAAAUGCAUUUACACGCACAAUCAAUCACAUAGAAAUAUAUACAUACUUAUGAAAAUUCAUAGUAAAUAAUACAAGCGUAUAGUACAUAUCCUCAUAUGUAACUAUUUAUAUAUAUAUAUUUAUUGUGUACUAAUUACCAUAUAAAAAGCGUAUAAAUAAUUUUCGUAUUAACGAUAAAUUUUACUUCUUACUGAAAAAAAUUGUGUAAACUUUUUUAUAUUAUGAAAAUUUGAAUUGUAAAAAAGAUAUAAACGCAUGCAGUUAUAGCUGCAAAAAUAUUGUAUUAAAUUAAAUCUGAGAUUGUAUAAUAGCGAAUUGAUUUGCAUGAAAUAAGAAAAUUUUCGAAUUUUACAAAUAUACAUACAUAUGUAAAUCUUUAUAUAAUAAUUUACCGGUAACAAUUACUUUUGACCCGAAUUUGAAUUAUUUAGACUCGAAAUUAAGCAAUUAAACCAUUAAAUGUAACAUAUAAUGAGCACAAAUAAAAUGGUGAAGUAGAAUUUUUACAA